GAUAAUGAUUUGAUGUGUGUGAAAAAUGUUGUGGCUCACCAAAAAACCUUUAAUGUAAGCUACGUUACAACUCACUUCCAAUUCCCACCCUUUUAUUAUUUCAAACUUAGUAAAUAUUUCAUUCUUUGUUAUGCAAAAUCAUGAUGGAAAACAAGGUGCUCUCCCUCCUCCAACCUCUAGAAGCUAAACCCCUCUCAAUCCUAUGUAUAAUCCCUCUACUAUUCCUCUUCAUUUUAUCAAGAUUAAGACGAAAACGGUAUCCACCCGGGCCGAAGGGAUGGCCCGUUAUAGGCAACAUGGGCAUGAUGGGCCAACUAACCCACCGCAGCCUGGCCGAGCUGGCCAAGCAAUACGGCGACAUCGUCCACCUCCAAAUGGGCUUCCUCCACAUGUUCGCCAUCUCUGGCCCGGCCCCGGCCCGGGAGGUGCUUCAGCUCCACGACAACAUCUUCUCCGACCGGCCCGCGAACCACGCCAUCACUUACCUCACCUACGACCGGGCCGACAUGGCCUUCGCCAAUUACGGGCCCUUCUGGCGCCAGAUGCGCAAGCUCUGUGUCAUGAAGCUCUUCAGCCGAAAACGGGCCGAGUCGUGGGACUCGGCCCGGGACGAGGUCGGCCACAUGGUCCGGGCCGUCGGAAGAAGCGCGGGGGAGCCUGUAAACGUUGGCGAGCUCGUGUUCGGGCUCACUAGGAACAUCAUAUACCGGGCCGCCUUCGGGUCAAGCUCGCACGAGGGGCAGGAUGAGUUCAUAUCCAUCUUGCAAGAGUUCUCGAAGCUGUUUGCAGCUUUCAAUAUAGCUGAUUUUGUGCCUUGGUUGAAUUUCAUGGAUAUUCAGGGCCUUAAUGCUAGGCUUGCCAAGGCCCGGGAUUCGCUUGAUGGAUUCAUUGAUACUAUAAUUGAUGAACAUAUACAGAAUAAGAAGAAAUUGAAUGGAUCAGAUGAUGAAUCUGGAGAUACGGAUAUGGUGGAUGAAUUGUUAGCUUUUUAUUGUGAAGAAGAAAAGAUUUCUGAGCCAGAGGAUUUGCAGAGCUCCAUCAAACUCACUAGGAACAACAUCAAAGCUAUUAUCAUGGACGUAAUGUUUGGUGGCACCGAAACCGUAGCAUCCGCCAUAGAAUGGGCCAUGGCAGAGCUAAUGAAAAGCCCAGAAGACCUCCAAAAGGUCCAAGAAGAGCUCAAAAACACAGUGGGCCUGGCCCGAAAAGUCGAAGAGCCCGAUUUCGAGAAGCUAACGUACCUCCGAUGCUGCCUGAAGGAGGUCCUCCGCCUCCACCCGCCGAUCCCGCUCCUCCUCCACCAGACCUCCGAAGACGCCACAAUCUCCGGCUACCACGUCCCCGCCAGAUCACGCGUCAUGAUCAACGCGUGGGCCAUCGGUCGCAACCCGGCCGCGUGGGAUCACCCCGACGAGUUCAUGCCGUCGCGGUUCCUCGAGGCCGGCGCGCCGGAUUUCAAAGGGAGCAACUUCGAGUUCAUCCCGUUCGGGUCGGGCCGGAGGUCUUGCCCCGGGAUGCAGCUCGGGCUCUAUGCGCUCGAGAUGGCGGUGGCGCACCUGCUCCAUUGCUACACGUGGGAGCUUCCGGACGGGAUGAAGCCGGAUGACUUGGAUAUGAGCGACGUGUUCGGGCUAACUGCGCCGCGGGCGGCUAGGCUGGUCGCGGUUCCGACCCCGCGGCUGAGCUGCCCGCUUUGAGCCUUUCAUUUUAAGUGUUUGUUGUGUAUGUGUUAUUUGAGUUAUGUGUGUCAGUGUGUAUAUAUGAAUUGCAAAUUUUCUUAUUAUUUAUUGUGAUUUUAGAUAAUAACAAAAAACAAGCCUGAUAUAUGUGGAAAUGAAAUGAAUAUAUAGAAAUCGAUUUACAAUC